UGACUCAACUACGAUGUCAGAUACCUAGCUCUGUAUCUGAUACUCCCGUCUAUCUGUCUGACAAUAAGAUACGUGUAAAAGUUGAUAAUAAUUGAACCAUUUUACCUAAUCUGUGCACAGAAAUGUACGUGCACUGUGCAUUGUACUCGUACUAUAAUCACAGAUGUACAAUUCCCAAUAAUCAGAUCCUUUUUUCAGUAUUUCGUAUAUGACUUGAAACGUGAAAUGUGUCGUGAAAAAUUUUAAUUGACAGGUUUUGUUCAAGUAAAAAUUUUCAGAUGAUACGAUACUCGGUAAUUUCGACGAUAAUUUCCUAUUUUGGGACUUUUGACUACCUGUAAUUCGACCAAAGCUGCGAUACCUCAAAACUUCCAAAAAUGACCUCAAACCUGACUGGAUAUCGUCACAUUUUCAACCUAAGUCCUACAGUAUUAUCACAUUUGGCCGCAUCCGAUUCGUCAUUACUUUAUUGGCGAUCCCAAAUACCCCUCCUGAACCCCGAAGAUAAACUCUACCAUCAAGAAUUCGACUACAACGACGACGAUGCUUUCGAGAGAAGACUCCAACCCUACAAGGAUUCUACCGAAAUCGACUACAGCCCAGCUUUCAAAAUGCUGGAUAUUUUCAUCAAGAAAACCGCCUUCAAUUUAGAUAAAUGGAUUAGUUUCCACAGGAAGCGAAUUUUUCUCGACUUCCAUCGAUACGACGUGAUAUUAAAAUGCUUAAGUUACGUUAUUUUCAACCCACUCACCGCCAACAUUUGCUAUAAAAGAACAGCCAAGAAAUUACUCACCGAAAGUAUCAUCUUAACCCCGGAUGAAAAAUACAGAAUCGCUUGCGUUUAUUGUCUGCGAGAUGAAAUCGAUAUCUUAUGGCCUCAGGUAUCCGAGGCGACCAGAAAUGGCCCAUCUUCGGAUGAAUUUACAGUCUUGUCGACCAGUUAUUGGAAUGAGUUCAAGAUAAACGAACCAAUCAUGAACUACUUGGUGGAAGGCAGGUUACCCAACAAGUAUCCCCAAAACGACGUAGUAUGGUACGAUUUCAUCUGGCCAAUGUGCCAGUCCAGCGAUAUGUAUCCUUUGACCAAGAUCCAGUAUUUUUGGAGUAUUUUCGUCUCACCCGAACGGAUCCUGAUGCCAUCGAUUAUUAGCAGCAAACAGACCCCAGACGUUUACAUAUUUUUACUCCAAAAUCUCCCCAUCGAGUAUCAGAAAGACCUGCUGAUCAAAUUAGGCCACGUAAUUAUCCCAACAUUGGCUGAAGAAGGUGCACAAGUAUCGUAUAUUUUGCAAUUAUGGGACCUGGUGAAAAAUUCUUCUCGUAUUCGAGCCAAUGGAGAAUUCUUCGUGUUAAUUCAACGAUUAUGGCUGAUGGCUUAUGACGGGUCGACUAACUGUGACUCUUGUGUGGUCACCUUGCUGGCCCAAAUAUGGUUCAGGGCACCGGAGUAUCUCAGAGUGGGUCUUUUCAAUAGCCAUAUUCAAGUGGAAAGUUUCUUCGAUAAGCUCAGAGGAUACGAAGACUACAAGAUAACUAUGAUGAAAACCUACAAACGUGACGUGAUCUUUUUUUACGACCUGUUGUAUCGAAUGAGACCUGAGUUUAGGAUCACCCUGUGGUUCAGGAAUUGGCGAAAGUUCGUUCGUUUGGCCGCAUUACCGAAUUUUCUCACUUUGGCCCAGCUUUGCUUGACCGAGCACGUUUUAGAUAAAUUCAAAAUGUUCGAUAUGAUGAAUUUCGCUAGCAUGAAGAAUCAUUUUUUAUCCUUCUUGAGAGCCGGAUAUCAUCGCGAGUUGAACGAUUAUUUCGUAUACUGUUUCUCGAACCAGGACUAUGAUCAUAUUCGAGCAAUCAAACGCAGCAUACUCGACUGGAUCGAUGAAAUACCCGAUUUUACCCAAGGAUUUGAUCUAAAUCGAUGCCUGCAAUUCGACAGAUUCAUCGAUAGCGCCUUCGAGAAGAUAGAACACAGCCAACUAUACAAGGAAGAAUUUAUUCGAAGAAAUUUCACGUUAUGGUUAAGGCAACCGAUUGUGAAAGAGCAUCGAUUCAACGAAAUAAUAAACUUGACAGUAUCUUUGAUACCUUUCGAUACAGAUCUCGAUCAGAUUAAGAAUAAAUUCUACGAAAGGUGUAAAACAACGUUGACAUCCGGCUCAUUUGUCAAAUUCCACGCAACCGAAUGGAAUUAUUUUUUAAAAUGGUGUGCUCCUAAUCGAUACGUUGAACUGAAGGAAACCCUAUCAGUCGAGUCUAUUUUUCUUUCACUUUUCACCCAUAUUAUUCGAGGCAAGAGAGUGAUGAAGUUGCUCGGUCCUGAAGAAUUUUACGACAAGAUGAGGACUGGUGUAAUAUCGUACCCGAGUUAUUGCACAUUGGAGCAUUUUUUAUGGUGGUAUUUUAAAGAUCAAGGAGUGUCGUACGCGAAAAAGUUCAAGAAGAAGAUGAUAAGGGAUUGUUGUAGAGUGGAGAUCAAGAAGGUUUUGAUGGAAGAAAGUUCGGUUAUAAUUCUCGAUAUGUUGAAAUGGUUUUUUGACAAUGUUAACGCUGAGGUGGUUAAUUAUUUGCAGUUUUUGAGUAUUCACGAUUGGUUUGUUGAUAGAUAUCGAGAGAUUUGUGCGUUAGUUUGAUCUUUGAAAGAUGGGUUUAGAUGUUUGUGAAAAUAUUGAUUGUUGUUAUAUAAUAAUGUAGCCUUUUUUUACCUACCUAGAUAUAUGGAUUUAUUUCGUGUACCUAUGCGAUUGUUUGUCGAUUAAUUGUGUGUUUAAUUGAGUUUGUUAUUAUUUUGGAAUUUUUUUCACCGUUUAUUAUUGAGUAUUUUUAUGUGUAAUUACCUUUACGUGAAUUUAUAAUGUUGAAUUUAUGUUUUUUUUUUUUUUAUUAGACUGCCUUUGCCUUGGUCAGAAUUUGAAAAAUGAUUGAAGCUGAGAAUUGAUUUAAAAAAUAAGACGUUUGCGAAUGAUUUAAAUUUAAAAACCAAGCAAAUGUGAAUUUGAGUUUUUUUUUUUUUUUUAAAUUAGACUGCCUUGGUCUGAAUUUAAAAAAUUAUUACAUUUCAGAACUGAUUAAAAAAAUAGUUAAAAAUGAAAUUUUGUAUCCGUCGAGACGUUUGUAAAUGUUUUUUUUAUUUUUUUUUUUUUUAUUAGACUGCCUUUGAGCCUUUGCCUUGGUUUGAAUUUGAAAAAUGAUUGAAGCUGGGAAUUGAUUUAAAAAAUAAGACGUUUGCGAAUGAUUUAAAUUUAAAAACCAAGCAAAUGUGAAUUUGAGUUUUUUUUUUUUUUUUUUUUCAAAUUAGACUGCCUUGGUCUGAAUUUAAAAAAUUAUUACAUUUCAGAACUGAUUGAAAAAAUAGUUAAAAAUUGAAUUUUGAAUCCUUCGAGACGUUUGUAAAUGUUUUUUAUUAAAAUACCAAGCAAAUGUGAAUUUGAGCUUUUUUUAAAAAUUAAACUGCCUUCUUGGGUGGACUGAAUUUAAAAAAAUUAUCAAAGCUGAGAAUUGAUUUUUUUGAAAAUAUUUAAGAAUUAUAUACCACGCUAGUGUAUACCUACUUGUAGUUUUAAGUACCUACGUACAUAUGUAGAAUGUUAUCAAUAAUGUACCUACGUACCUACUUAUUCAUAGUUAGCAACCCCCCCCCCCCCUCGAGGAAUACCAAGCUUGACUCGAACUAUUAUAUUAUAUUUUUCAACCUUCUCACCAGGUAUUGGUGGAUUUUUAUUAUCUUGUAGUGAUUAAAUAGUUACCUAAGGUAAGUUAAGAAUAUUGUAAAAGUGACGUAUUACACCAUUGCUGUCUGAACGAAUAGUGAAUUUUUAAGUUUUUACUUUCAACUUGUUGUCGAUGAAAUAUGUAAUUUUAUGCGAAUUUAUGUGUACCUGAUGUGCUAUAUGUGUGAUUUUAGUAUCUACUAGAAUAAAAUGA